ACCUAUUUAACACCCAAAAAAAUUAACAUCAAAUCAAAUCCACAUUCAAACCAAACCAAACCCACCAUCCAUUCAGAGAGGAGAGAGAAAACCAUCAUCAUCAUCAUCAUCAAAAAUGGGAAAAAAAGCAGUGUUGAUCGGAAUCAAUUACCCAGGAACAAAAGCAGAGCUCAAAGGUUGCAUCAACGAUGUCAACAGAAUGCACGAAUGCUUAAUCCAACGGUUCGGAUUCGAGGAAGAAGAUAUCACGAUUUUGAUAGAUACGGACCGGAGAUGUACUCAACCCACCGGGAAGAACAUCAGACGAGCUCUUCAGAAUCUGGUUCGAUCUGCUGAACCGGGUGAUUUCCUUUUUGUUCAUUAUAGUGGUCAUGGUACUCGAUUACCGGCGGAAACCGGUGAAUUUGAUGAUACCGGUUUUGAUGAGUGUAUUGUUCCUUCUGAUAUGAAUCUCAUCACAGAUGAAGAUUUCAAGGAAUUGGUGUGCCAAGUCCCAGAUGGUUGCAGGAUCACAAUAGUCUCAGAUUCAUGCCACAGCGGCGGCCUAAUCAGUGGUGCAAAAGAGCAAAUAGGAGAAAGUACACAAUCCCACAGCAACCAAUCCCAUAGCAGCAGUUCAUCAGGUUUCAGCUUAUCAGGUUUCUUGAAGAAAACAGCACGAGACACAGUUUCUGAAGCCUUUGAAUCUCGCGGAAUCCAUCUCCCUCAUCAUCACAGUAGCAGAGACUAUGAACCAGAGUACAGUGUAGUUGAUGAAGACACUUACGAAGGUCACAGUGGCUAUGCAAAAAGCCGGUCUCUUCCCCUUUCGACACUCAUUUCCAUGCUCAAGGAAAAGACAGGAAAAGAUGACAUUGAUGUUGGGAAGAUUCGACCAACUUUGUUUGACAUGUUUGGGGAGGAUUCAAGUCCGAAGGUUAAGAAGUUUAUGAAGAUCAUCUUGGAAAAACUUCAUGGUGGGGGUGGAGAAGGGGGUAAAGGAGAAAUUCUGGCUGCUGUUGGUGGACUUGCAAUGGAGUUCUUUAAACAGAAGCUUAAUGAUAAUGAUGAUGAUUAUGCAAAACCUGCACAGGAUGCUAAAGUUGAGAGGAAGGAGGACGUUUAUGCAGGUGGAGACAAGAGGAGUUUGCCUAGAAAUGGGAUACUUCUUAGCGGGUGUCAGACAGAUCAGACGUCAGCUGAUGCUAGUCCUUCUGGUAAGGAUGCUGAAGCUUACGGAGCUUUCAGUAACUCGAUUCAGGCAAUUCUAAGGGAAUCUGAGGGAGAUAUUCAGAACGAUGAGAUUGUGUCGAAAGCUAGGAAGUUGCUUAAGCGUCAAGGUUUUACUCAACGGCCUGGGCUUUACUGCACUGAUGACUAUGUUGAAGCUUCAUUUGUUUGUUAAAAUUAAGUUGUGUGUUUUUUUUUUUUGGUUUAGAUUGGACUGCUAUUUAUUUGAAUAUUGGACGAUUUGAUUUGUCAGAAAAUGUUACUCCGUAUUUGGAAAUAAUUGACAUUACAGUUCGUAACAAUGUUGUGUAAAUUAAAACCGGCCUUUCUGAUAUUAAAAUGUUCAGAGGGUAUUCGUGUUGUUAUUACAAAGUGUUUCUUCUCCAAAAAUCGUGUGAGAUUGUUUCUUAUCGAAUGCACGAGUAUGACUUCUUGUCAAUCUCUUUUAUA